AUGUCUUCUUGUUUUGGAGAUCUGUAUUUCACCUACGAGACCACUGCGCAUCCUAAGAUCGCUGGAGUUGUCACACUCGUGGUGUCGCACUCGUCGCCUUGCCCAGGGCCAAUGUCUUCCUGCUUCGGAGAUCUGGGCUGUCUCAACUUGACGGGCUUCUACGACCCCAGGCUGCGCUUCGUCAACGCCAUGCCGUGGCCCCGCGCAAAGAUCGGCACCCACUUUCAGCUGUACACGCGGCGCCGGCCCGACGCGCCGCAAGUCUUCGCGUGGAACGUCACCGCCGACCAGCUGCGCCAGUCCGCGUUCAAUCCGCGACUGGAGACCAAGCUGUUCGCCCACGGUUAUCUGCAGAUCACCAAGGUUCCAGACCAUCCGAUGCGGUCUUCAGUGAACAAAGGUUUCGACGAAUCUAAAGGUUCACCAAUCUUCCUUUGCUUGAAGGCCAUCAAGGAUGCUCUCUUGCAAGUAGGGGACUUCAACGUGAUUCUCGUUGACUGGGCGAGCGGGAGCAAGUAUGACUACAUCCAGGCGACCGCCAACACUCGCAUCGUCGGGCUCGAGAUCGCCCGACUUAUCUGCCUGCUGCAGGAAGCAUUUGGAGUCACGCCAGAUAGGUUUCACAUACUCGGUCACAGCCUGGGCUCUCACAUAGCUGGCUACGCUGGGCAGAAGCUGCGAUUUCUUGGCAGAAUUACAGGUCUUGAUCCGGCAGAGCCGUUCUUCGAGGGCAUGUCAACAUUAGUGCGGCUGGACCCUAGCGACGCCAUUUUUGUUGACGCUAUUCACACCGAUGGAAAACGUUUUGCGUCUCCUCUGCCAACAGUCGGCCUUGGCAUGAUCGAUCCGGUGGCGCACAUCGACUUCUAUCCCAACGGCGGUGUCACGCAGCCCGGUUGCGAAAAGGUCAUCAAGAACUUCUCGCUCAAGAACGGACCCUGGCAAGAUAGACAGGCCUGGCUUGUGAAGAAUGCGCAGGCCGUGCGUCGUUCCCAGACAGGUUUGCGGGAGUCGGUGACAUGCCGUCACGAGAGAGCCAACCAGUUCGCGGCCGAGGCCCUGGCGAGCGAGGCGAGCCGUGACCCGGGACAGUGCGCGUUCGUCGCCUACGCCUGCGCCAGCUACGAGGAGUUCCUGUCGGGAAGAUGCGCCGACUGCGGUCCCGACGGUAGCGGAUGCGCCGUGAUGGGCCUCUCGUCUAUCUCGUCGCGACCCCGGCGGGGGACGGUCAAGAUGUACAUCCAGACGAACCAGGAGGCCCCGUUCUGUCUGUACCACUACCACAUUGUUGUGCGCUUUGAUUCACUGCCGUCGCCGGUAUGUGGAAGAUUGAGCCUUCAGUUGACGGGACAGGAAGGACAAGCAACUCUGAUGCUGAGUGAAACGGACGAACGCUUCACUUCCGGUUCGCAGUUCACGUACCUGUGCACGACUCAGACGAGGCUCGGCGAGAUACUGGAAGGUGCGCUGAGCCUCAAUUCUGUCGGCAAAGGUUACAGCGGUGAUCUAGCGGUUCAGAGAGUGGACGUGUCCCUGAUGAACAGCGUCGACGUGGCCAGGUACAAAAGAAGAAUCGUGACAACCUUUAUUCCCACGCAAAACAGCGGCGGUGAAAUAUUGCUGUCUAAAUUCAUCCCGUAUUGAGGAGCUAGGAAGCGUAUACCAC